GCCGGUCUCCGACGCGGCACAAGUGGCCUGAGCCGCAGGAUGCGGGCGCAGCGGCGUGAUGAGGCCUUUUCGCCCCGCCGCCGCUCCAAGGCACACCGGGCAGGCACACAGACAGUGCGCACAGCAGCGGCACCGAACGAUGACCGCGGCUGGAACAGCGGCAUGUGUCGAGCGCCGCGACAGCAGCAUGCUGCAGCAGACUCUCGCUGCGGCGCCUCUUGCUUCCUCUCCACAUCCUACCACCUCUCUUCGUGCCACCUCGCUCAUCCACCAUGUUCUUCCGCGCUCCUCUCAUCCUCGCCGCGCUCGCCGCGUGCGUGUCGGCGGCCAACAUCACCGUGCAGGUCGGCCAGGGCGGCGACAAGUUCUCGCCUACGAGCGUCACCGCAGCGCAGGGCGACACGAUCUCCUUCGUCUUCCAUGAGAACAUGGAGCACAACGUGAUCGAGGCCCAGGGCACGGACACGGCGACCGCAUGCCAGCCCAAGGAGGGCGCGCUGCACUCGGCGCUGCAGAACGAGGCCGCCGUCGUCAGCGUGCCGGUCAACAGCACCGAUCCCGUGUACAUCUUCUGCGGCCCGCACUGCGAGUCGAAGGGCAUGGUCUUCAUCAUCAACCCGGGCACUGUGAGCGUGGAGCAGUACGCCGCCGCCGCCAAGGGCCAGUCCUCGUCCUCCUCUUCGGCCGCCUCCAGCGGCUCGUCCACGGCCGCCGCCUCGUCGAGCACGCGCGCCGCCUCGUCGUCUGCCGCCGGCGCCGCGAGCAGCAGCUCGGGCAGCUCGGCGCCGGCAGCCACGAGCGCACGCACGGGCGCGGCGCAGGUCGCCAAGCCCGUUCUCGGCGCUGGCGUCGCUGGUGUGCUCCUGGCGGCCCUGCUCGCCUAAGCUAUGAGGCCAUGUGCCGCAAUGUGUUUAGCUCUGGCGUCGCGCCGCCAUCUCUCCCGCUCGCUGUACUCGAGCUGCGUUCAAUCUAUGUAUUGGCUUACUCGCCAAAGUACUUCUCGCGGUAGGCGCGCAUCGCCUUGAGCUGCUCCUCCCAGC